AACCACGUGCCCAUGCCCCUUGCCCCCUUAAAUGCUGGCCGCCCUCCCGUGUUCACCCUUGUCACUCGAUUGUACACGACUGAAUACUGUCCUCAGCACUUCGGUUCGGCUCGCUCGCUUGUUAUUACCUUUACCCACAAUGCUGUCGGCUCACCGCUGACGCCAGAGACAAUCGUUUCGAAUCCCGGAGAUUAA